AUGUUUUCGAAACAGAAUCGUGCUCAAGCAAACCCGUCAUCGCUCGACCUUUCCUCCCUGCAGUCAUACUCACCUAAGUGGUCCAUACAGCUUCGACUCGCCACUUGCAUCUCGAUCAAGUACGCCGUCCGACGCCAUGUAGAGCGCGCUGCGUACCUGAAUAGCGCAUCAACAGCGCCGUCUUUGACUGCUGGCGCGACGGCAUAUUCUGUAUCACAAGAGUGGUCCGAUUACGGCCAAAAGUUUCUCACAGCGACCUGUCAGCAUCUCGGAGUGGCCGAGAAUAUUCUCCCGCCAGAUCCGAUCAACCUCGAAGAUGUGCUGUCGGCUGCGCAGGGCCGCCUUGAGCACGCGGGAACGCACGAUCCUGUCUGCGAGAACGAGCCAGCCUUCGAAUCUGGCUCGGACCAUGCUCGACGCUUUCCAAACCUCGAUCUCCCCAUCAAAGGUAUCGAUGACAUAAAAAAAGGAGACGCAGCUGAGGGCAUCGAAGAUGAGAAGGCUGUCGGAGGCUCAUCAGCACGUGGUGAGAAGCAAGAGCUGGCCGAAACCACAGCUUCCCUAGAAAGCCUUCAUCUCAAGACGUCGGCUUCGUCUCUAUCCGAUCACGGCUCCGAGGGGUUCGCCUACGAUCAAGAUGCUCAAGAGCUACCAGACUUCCUUCAAAGUCAAGCAGAUCAUUCGACAUCGUCGAGGUCGACCAAUGCGGACCUGAAUCGCCAGCAACGAGCUCGUAGCCUUUCUCAAGAUACCACGGCCUCUGCCCCUCCGAAGCGCAUGCAAGGCGCUCUCGACCUGAACUCUGGCCAGGAUAUCGAGAUAGCUCACGAACUGCUGCUGAUCGCGCUGGGUCUCGGACAGUAUCGGGCUCAGGACGGAACGUCCACUGUCUUUGAGCAAGACUUUCUGUUCGGCGAGACCGAACUGGACCUGCCUCGUUCCGGAUCGCAGAACACAGGGGAGGCCACCCAGUCUGAUCCACCAACACCUUCAGUCUCAGCUCAACAAAGCUCUCAUCCGUCAUCUGUUGCAGCCGGGAGCAGGGCGUCGGAUGACGGGAUCAAGAGCAUGUCCGAGACGGGGCGCAUGAUCGGAGACGCAUCGAAGAAAACCUUCACCUCGCUCAAAGCAGGAACCCUGUCUGGAUGGAACAAGCUCUCUUCCGCUAGCAAAGAUCUUGUCAGCCCAUCAACACAAGACCAUACGAAGGCAGCGGCCUCCAAGGAUGCGAAGCAGCCCGUCAAGCCAAACGAAGUCUGCCACUACGACGCCCGGGCUCGCUCGCUGAUCUUUGUCGCUGUCACCGCGAUGGGCAUCCCGGCGCGGCAGGUGUGGAUGGCUGAAAAGGUUAUGGCUCAGACCAUUUUCUUCAUCAUGAGCGAAGGCGACAGAGCAUCGGCGUCCAAGACUGGCAAGGGCAUCGUAGAGCAACUUCCCACAGGUGCUUCGCUCGAUGCACGCACCGGCUCGAUCACACAGGCAUCGCAGCGCUCCGAGUACAUGAACCAGCAUUCUGGAUCGGUGGUGCAGCGAGAGCGCGAAAAGGUCACAUGGGGUAAGUGGGCCGCCAUGGGUGGGGGCUUUAUCGCUGGAGGAUUGGUGAUCGGGCUGACAGGUGGCCUCGCUGCUCCGCUUAUCGCGCCCGCUCUGGUCGGUCUCACUGGCGUCUCCUUCCUUGCUACCUCGGGAGGCAUCAUCAUGCUCGGAACGCUGUUCGGCUUGGGCGGCGGCGGUCUCGCUGGCUAUCGUGUCGAGCGACGUCUGCGAGGAGUCUCGUCCUUCUCGUUUGCCGAGUUGGCAACAGAAGCCCGAAAAGCUGGUGUCGCCAUUCCGAGCUUGCACGCCACAAUCUGCUCCAGCGGACUCAUCCUCGAGGCGGAGCAGCAGGUGACACCGUGGACACACGUCUUCGAAGGCGCCAAGGACAAUCGCGAUGCCUUUGCCAUCGAGUGCGAGGCCGACAUGAUGAAGGAGGCCGGACAAGGGCUGCGUUCCUACAUGCUGGACAACCUUCUCCGCACCGGUGGCACGAAAGCAGCCGAAGAGGUGGUGAAAAAGACGGCCCUUGCAGGCAUCGCCGCCAUCACGCUUCCUCUGAGUGUGUUCAACGCAGCAUCAGCGACGCUGGACGGCGUCUUUGUUCGUGCCAAGACGAAAGCGCACAAGGCGGGUCUCAUCCUCGCCGAAACGCUGCGCAACGAGGUUCAAGGUCAUCGACCUGUUGUGCUGAUCGGUACCUCGCUGGGAGCGGCGACGAUUCUCACAGCGCUCACCGAACUCGCCAAGGACCCCGAAAACACAUCGCACCUGGUCGAUUCGGUCUUUCUCAUCUCGGCACCCAUCACGCCGUCCAACUCGACGCUGCGCAAGGUAAGGAGCAUCGUCCAGCGUCGCUUCGUCAACGUGUUUUCGUCGAAGGACAUGGUCUGCGGAAUCGCGGCUUGGCUGGGAUCGGGUGUAUCGGUGGAAGAGCUGCGGGCGGGCAAGGUGCCGCGCGUGGCAGGCAGUCGCGCGAUCGACGACGUGCCGGGACUGGAGAACGUCAACGUCUCCGACAUCAUCUCGAGCCAUUUCGAGGUGAAUGACCAGGACAAGCUCACAGCGAUCUUGGCACGGUGCGGAGCGCUGGACGAUUGA